AUGGUUUUCAAUGUGGCAUUUGGUGCCGCCAUUGAGGCUUGGUUGAUAUACAGUGAUUAUCUAGGUGGAUGGCAAGUCUUUGCUGUGAUUCAUCUCACAUAUUUCUGUACAAUCAUGUUCUUCAUCGGUUUAUAUGUUGCUUGUAAAAAGAAAUUUGUAAUAGUUUAUCAGAAAAAGUAUUCGACUGUUGAGGACAGAUAUCGUACUCAAGAAAAUUAUAAAUCUUCAAGAUUACUGUUGUAUUUGGCUCCUUACAAAUGCAUGACGAGUAUCGGUUGCAUGUUGUGGUACGAGUUUGCUGUUGAUCGAAAUACUUAUAUCCAAACAUUUUCUACCUUCAUUUUCUUCUAUUUGCUUCAAUAUCAAACUCUUAUUCAAAUGCUUUUAACUAUUUUGGCAGAACGUAAGCUACGAAAUCAAUUGCUUAAUAUUCUGAGAAGGAGAAAAGAGGUGACUCCGGAAAAUACGGUGAGAAACGCGAUGGGUGCACGAAUGAUUUUCACAGGCGCUGAAAGCAAUGAAAUAUAUUUCGAUCAAUUUAAAACGAUGUGGAAAACACAAGGCAAACCUCGA